CGUUCUCAGAACCUUCUCGGGCUCUAAGAGCACGUCGUGGUUGGCCUAUAGGAAUGCCGGGUCCGUGCUCAAUUCUGGGCGUCGUGCUCUUGCUCGCAGCGUCGAGCCCCAGAGGUCCAGACUCCAGCCCGGAGAUCCAGCGUCUUGAAAAUCUCAAGAGGCAGGAUCGUCGCCAGUUCCGGCCUCUAGAGGCCUUCGCCGGGCCCCCAGCACCGUCGAAGAACGACUCACGAUGAAAAGCCCGGCCGCCGAGGGCGUUCGCGCCCCACGUGACGCUGUUCAAGAUGACCGCGGCCGGCCGCGGCAAGCAGGGCAAGAAGGCCUCCCAGGCGGCCAAGAAGGCCAUCGCCCGGGCGGCAGCGGCGCUCUCCGGGGCGAAGGAGACCAUUUGCUUCGGCGGCGGCUGGCUGGACCGCGUGAGCCUGGUGGACAUGCGCGUCACCCAGGAGGACGGGUACUACGCCGUGCAGGAGGAGGUGGCCCUGCGCGACCGCGCCGCGGACGGGGCCGACGGCGCCGCGGCCGCGGCGGGCGGGGGCGCGCCCGCGCACGGUGGCGAGGAGGCAUUCGCGGAGGUGGAGUGGCUGACUGGUCGCGACAGGCCCCGUGGCGCCCGGGCCAUGGCGAGGCAGGCAUGCCUGCUCGCGGCGCUGCCCGCGGCGGGCGGCCUCGUCGCGCCCCCGCCCCGUCGCCUCGCCGCCACGGCGCCCGCGCACGCCAUGCGCCGCACGCACGCGAGGGACUGCACGCCCGCGGACGAGGACAUGCACGUCGUGUUCUCGACGGGGUGCAACGCCUUCCAGCACUGGCAGGCGGAGGUGCUGCUCAACUCGGCGUACCACCAGGGCCAGUGCGGGAGGAUGACCCGCAUCGUGGUCGGGUGCGACAAGCUCAUCGAGGGCGGCGAGAAGGUCAGCACGCACCAGCCCGGCGCUGGCGACAAGCUGAUCGAUCACGACGACCUGCUGAAGUCCACCUACCCGGCCCUCAACGUGCACGUUGCGCCCGCGAUCCCCGAGGCUGCAGAGUUUCCGUGGUUCAACAAGCCGUGGUCAUUCGAGCACUGGCUUAACACCACGGGCGACGACGUCACCGAGCGUGUCGUCGCGAUCCUGGACCCUGACGAGUUCUUUCUCCAGCCGCUGACGCAGCGUGCCGAGCACGCUGCCGAUGGCCCGUUUGAGAUCAUCCACGGGUACCCGGAGAGGCUGAGCCAGCAGGUGACAGACGUGGUGCAGCCAGGCUGGGCUGUGGCGCAGAAGUACGGGCUCGGCUCGGCGUUCCUGAGCAAGUUCGACCAGCGCACGAUCUGUCCCGGCGGGGCGGCGAGCCCGUGUGCCAACAUCACGCACGAGCAGGGCCAUCUCUACCAAUCCGUGGGGCCGCCGUACAUGCUCCACAACACGGACUUCAAGAAGGUCAUGCCGACGUGGUGGGAGCUGAUGAAGCCCGUGUACGCGCAGGACAAAGGCGACAUCCUUGCCGACAUGUUCGCGUACACCUACGCGGCCGUCCACCACGGCGUCAGCCACGUCCAGCUCGAGAACUACAUGGUCUCGAACUCCCGCGCGGGCGGCGAGGCGUGGAGGUUCGUCGAUUCGCUCGCGAGCAUGUCGUGCCACGACCCGGAGGCAGCGCUGGAGGGCCGGAAGCGCCCGGGCUUCCUGCACGCCGCCAGCCACUUCAAGGCGUGCACCAAUGGCGAGCACAUCCCCUACGAGGCCGAGGAGUGCCCCGAGAGUGGCUCCGACCUCUGGAACUUCCACAAGGGCCAUGUGCCCUCCACCAUCCUUAGCUGCGACGAGCCGCUGAUCACGCCGCCGCCCGACGACCUCUUCAACAAGCAGAAGGGCGUGAUCGGUAAGCGCUCGGCGUUCAUGAUCUGCCACCUCACGUUUAUGGUCAACCGUGCCGCCCUGGACUACAAGGCGAAGUUCUGCGCGUCGGGGUUCAAUGCCAACAAGUGCACGCGCCUUGUCCUGGGUCCAAAUCAGCGGCCCGCACUGGGCAACCAGUUCGGCUACCCACUCGCCAGAGUAGACCAGGAGUGCAACAAGUAG